UUUGCUGCGGUAGCCAGACAGCAGCAGCAGCAGCAGCAGCACGGAGAGCCAACGCUGGGGAUGGUCUCUUCAUAUUUUUUUUACAAAAACAUCAACGUUGCAUCUCCACAAAAUGAAGUUUCCUUACUCAUAGAUUCACGAGGAUAUGGUGAGAGAAGGUGUCCCACGCUGCAGUAGUGGAAGAGUGACAUGCUGGCCUGUCUGCCAGCAUCAGGUGACCCUACCCUCAGAAUUCUCUCCCGCACGCAGAUGAACACUGGACUUCAGAAAUGGGAAACUACACAGAAGAUGAGAUCUGCCAGCUAUCCAACCCCAGCAGAGUUGGAUGCCUAUGCUAAGAAAGUUGCCAACAACCCACUAUCCAUCCAGAUCUUCCCCAACAGUGUCAAAGUACCUCAAAGGAAGCACAUUCGCCGUACAGUCAACGGGCUCGACACGUCGUCCAGCCAGCGCCACAGUCCUUACCCUCAGGUCAGCUCCAGUCGGGGUCUGCUGGCUGUCCUGCGUGCGCCCGCCAAAGGCGUCAUCAAAGAGUCGGACGGCAGCCGCGCCCGACAGCUUCACAAAGUCGUCAUGGAUCCUCACAGCGGGCUGUACGCCACUCAAAGCACUUUAAAUCUUCCUCAGCCUGCUCCUCACCUACAGGGCCAGUCUCAGCCUGCUCCUCACCUACAGGGCCAGUCUCAGCCUGCUCCUCACCUACAGGGCCAGUCUCAGCCUGCUCCUCACCUACAGGGUCAGUCUCAGCCUGCUCCUCACCUACAGGGUCAGUCUCAGCCUGCUCCUCACCUACAGGGUCAGUCUCAGCCUGCUCCUCACCUACAGGGUCAGUCUCAGCCUGCUCCUCACCUACAGGGUCAGUCUCAGCCUGCUCCUCACCUACAGGGUCAGUCUCAGCCUGCUCCUCACCUACAGGGUCAGUCUCAGCCUGCUCCUCACCUACAGGGUCAGUCUCAGCCUGCUCCUCACCUACAGGGUCAGUCUCAGCCUGCUCCUCAUCUACAGGGUCAGUCUCAGCCUGCUCCUCACCUACAGGGCCAGUCUCAGCCUGCAGCCCAGAAGCAGGGCAUGGUUCACCCGCAGGCGCUUCAGCAAACCAUGGCUCAUCCAAUGACUUUACAGCAGCCUCAAACGAUGCCUAACCCACAGGCUUUACAGCAGAGGAGCAUGGCUCAUUCACAAGCUAUGCAGCGUCAGCAGAGUUUGUCCCAGGUUCAGCCUUCACAGCAAAGGUUGGCUCAUCCCCCAGGCCUCCAGAGGCAGCAGAGUGCGCCUCACACCCAGGCCCAGCAGCAGCAGCAGCAGCAGCAGCAGCAGCAGCAGCAGCAGCAGCAGCAGCAGCAGCAGCAGCAGCAGCAGAGUGUGCCUCACACCCAGGCCCUGCAGCAGCAGCAGCAGCAGCACCAGAACCAGAACCAGUCUGCUCCACCUGCCGCUCAGCAGAGUGUGCCUCACACCCAGGCCCUGCAGCAGCAGCACCAGAACCAGAACCAGAACCAGUCUGCUCCACCUGCCGCUCAGCAGAGUGCGCCUCACACCCAGGCCCUGCAGCAGCAGAAGCAGCAGCAGCAGCAGCAGCAGCAGCAGCAGCAGCAGCAGCAGAGUGCGCCUCACACCCAGGCCCUGCAGCACCAGAACCAGAACCAGAACCAGUCUGCUCCACCUGCCGCUCAGCAGCAGCAGCAUCUUUCUCAUCUGCAGACACUGAAGCAUCCGACGGCUCCUCCGCAAGCUUUACUUUCACAACACUCACUGACUCAGGACCUGCGCCACAUGUCUGAUGGGGCUCACCUUCCCAGCCUGCAGCACACCCAGGGGCUGGCUGGCCCACAGCCCCUUCCCCAGGCACAGGGUACAGGAACUCCUACCAUGCCUAAUAGCCUCCAGCAGCCCCCACCAGGGGCAUACGGGCCCCGGAAGCUCCCUGACGCAGACGCCCCACCAAAUGUAACUGUAUCUACCUCCACCAUCCCACUGUCGAUGGCAUCCAGCCUGCAUCAGAACCGACCCAGUGACCUGAGCAGCAUUGUGCAACAAAUCAACCAGUUGUGCCAGGCACGGGCGGGUAUGGGCGCCACCUCAGUCUGUGAGGGCCAGAUCGCAAACCCUAGCCCCAUCAGCCGCAACCUGCUGAUCAACGCCAGCUCCAGGGUGUCCUGUCACCACCUGGGGCUGGGCUCUGGGCCUAGCUGCCACAUGAUGGGACCCCUGGACAAAGCUACAGCUCACACUCCCAAUGCUGCGCUGCAUUCACAGCCCAAUACAUCUGCCUUUCAUGCAGACCCAGAGAAGCUCCAGCUGCAGCAGCAGCACCAUCAUCUCCAUCAGCAGAAACAGCAGCAGCAGCAGCAGCAGUUACAGCAGCACCAACACCUACAACAGCAGCUGCAGAUGCAGCAGCAGCAGCGCUCCUGGGCGCAGCAUCAGAUGGCUCACAUGCAGCAGCCCCCUGAGGGGGCCCAUCCCUGCAAGAACCCAAGGAUGGAGCCUCCCACUGAGUGUGCUUUCUCGUCUCGAAACCCAAAUUAUUCCCACAAGCUCCCCAACACUGCACAGUCCUUUCCUUUAAAACACCCUGCAGAAAAACUCCCACCCUCCUCCCCCGUUAACUGCCCUGUGGGGUCUAUGCCUUACAUUAAUGGCCACUACAUGCAGCCGCAGUGGGGUCACAAUGGAUCAGGCCCUCAGGACCUCCCAGUGUCUUUCCAGGGAGGGCAGGCUGCUGCCUCCACAGACCGCAUCCCAGGGGCCAAGUACAGGCCAGGGAAGGAGGGGCCCCCUGCUCAGUCCAAGUUGAUGGAGAAUGUGGAUUUCUUAGGAGGAGAGUUCCAGAUGCCCAGCUUUCAGGAGCAGAACAUGGAGCAUGUGCUGGAGAAGAUGCACAGGUCAGCCAUGAGCCAGGUUCAGGAGCCCAACAAUGGUGGGGGUGUUCACGCUCAUCACCCAGGCUAUCGCUAGAGCUCGCUCCGACCCCCCCUUGGUGUGUUUGGGUUUUUCUCAACAGCUAUUUUCAGCUUCUGUGGUUUAUUCUUUAAGAUCUUGCAAGUGAUCAAUUAAAUGUGAAGCUUCAGAGCUUGAUUAGACUCACCAGGUUGUGAUCUCUCACAACAUCCUCAGGUCUUAAGCCAUGUCAUACCUUUGUUGCAGAUGAUGGGUUUUUGAGAUUGUCGUCCACUGUUGAGUAGAUUUCCUAUUUUCAUCACUGGCAUGGAUGUGCUGCUCUUUGUUCCUGUAUAUAUGGUGUUUUUAAAAUAUUGAUCUGCAGCUGAGAAUAUGCUUGCCAUGAUUGUCACAGUGCUUUAGGUUGACUUUUCUUUUAAGCAUUUGUGGCCUUAAAACUGCCCAAAGGCAAGAUUUAGGAUGUCCUUGUGUAAUGUUUUUAUUUGCAAUUAUUUAUCCUCGUAACUGGUUUGUGAUCCAUUUAAAACAACAAGGUUACAUGUAUAUGCAAUUAAUGAGACUGUUGAUAGGUGUACACCUGCUUCUAUCAGGAAUACAACAAGGCUUCUAAACUGCACUGAUUGGUUCAGGUAGUUGUUGUUCCAUCGCUGAUCAGUGUGCGGAAAUGACUAACUAUCACUGUUAGUGAGAAUCAAAAAUAUAGAGUUUUUCUCCUUACCUGUAGUGGCAUUUAUCAUGUAGAAUGUUAAGGGAGGCUCAUCCACAUGCUAGCAUGCUAGUUACAUUAGCCACAAACACCAAAACAAUCCAGAUGAAUUCAUACUAAAGUGAUGAGGAAAAUAUAUUUUUGAUUCUUUGGUGAACUUUACCCCAUUUCAAACUGAAUUAAAUUUAAAAUAAAACAGUCAGCACUAGCAAAAA